AUGCAACAAAUCACUUACCAAAAAAUAGCAAUAUCUAUGAACAACUGUGGAUAUAAUUUCACAUGGGAGCAGUAUUGUAACAGAAUAAAAACUUUAAGAACAAAGUAUAAAGAAAUUAUUGAUCAUAACAAUACAUCUGGAAAUCAUAGGAAGGAUUGGCAAUAUUUUCAGGUGAUGAAAGAGUAUAUGGUUGAUAAACCAAAUGUCCGACCAAAGCAUCACUGCUCUAGCUUAAUGCUCAUCCAGAAAUAUGCAGACGAUAAAGAAAAUAUGUCCUCUACCUCUAAUUCAGAUAAUUCAGAGGCUGCAGGUCCCCCAACAAGUAUCGCAGGGCCUUCAACAAGUACCGCAGGGACUUCAACAAGUACCGCAGGGUCUUCAACAAGUACAGCAGGUGCCUCAAAAAGAGAAUUACAUCAAGUCCCAAAGCCAAUCUUUUAA